UUUGGCCAGUUCAUCAUGGGUUCCGCUAUACGAAGAACGUUUACUCUUCUAGCAAUCGUGUUGGUGUUUGGUGAAAGUUAUCAACGCGAGAUAGAGGAUGUGAACCUCCAGGGAUUGACCGGAUCGAAUGAUGCCGAGCUGGUGCGGCAAUCGAACGAUUUCGCGAUCCACUUGUACAAGCAAGUGAGUGCUGAAACGAGGGAUGGAAAUGUGGUAAUUUCUCCUCUAUCGAUCAGCGCCUGUUUAUCGCUAGCUGCAAUGGGAGCUGGAGGAUUAACGGCUGAAGAAAUGUUUGGUGGAUUGCGUUAUGGAAAGGCCGAUCAAAAACAGCGAGUGGCCGAUUGGUACGGACGACUCAUGAGGCAGUUGGCAAGUGAUUCAUCUAUCGCCGUAGCCAACACUCUGUACGUGAAAGAAGGAUACACCGUGAAGCGAUCCUUCAAUGACGUGGCUACUAACAGCUUCCAAUCGGAGGUCCAUGAGCUCAAUUUUGCGCAGAACGAAGCCGCUGCAAAAACGAUCAACGAUUGGGUGGAAAGGAAGACGAACAACAAAAUCAAGGACCUCAUCUUACCUAAUAUGCUUGACGAUCAGACCUUUUUGAUGCUUGUAAAUGCGGUCCAUUUUAAGGGUUAUUGGAUAAAUCCGUUCGAGGCACCCACCCCGAUGCAAUUUUGGCUUAGUGAAACUGAGUCACACGACGUCCCUAUCAUGUACGUUGAAGAUAAAUUUGCGUAUGAAAAUUUCAGCGACAAAGGGUUCUCCGCUUUGGAGCUAAGCUACGAUGGCAGCGACACGACGAUGUUGGUGCUGUUACCCAACGAACGCAAUGGAUUAGCAGCAUUGGAAGAGACACUUUCGAGUUUGAAUCUAGUCGAGCUACGUAACCAAUUGAUGAAAACGAAAGUUGCACUAUAUCUUCCUAAAUUCAAAAUAGAUUUCAGUCUCGAUCUUAAAAAGGUUCUAUCGACACUUGGUAUGGGGCGAAUGUUCAGUAAUGCAGCUGAAUUUCCUGAUUUGUUGGAGUCAAACGAAUCGUUAAAGAUUACGACGGCCGUACAUAAAGCAUUCAUCGAAGUGAAUGAAGAAGGUACCGAAGCAGCAGCAGCUGCAGCAAUGGAGGGAAUAGAAGCAUCGUGCAUUUACCCAAGUCUGUUCUUGGCAGAUCAUCCAUUUAUAUAUGCUCUGUUGUCAGGGGACGGAGCUAUCUAUUUCAUAGGAAAAGUGACUAACCCAGCAUAAAGCUUCAAUUCGCUGCGUUGAAGGAAUGAUCAGGAAUAUGCCAAUGAUCGUCCUUCGUUGGCUUCUUCUCACUUACUAGCGCUACAACCAACGAGUGGUUUCGUGAUCGAACGCUGUCAUCGUCCACGUCAGCUUUCCAGUUGUUAAAGCGCCGAGAAAUGCUCGUUCGUUCAGAUUAUGAUGAAGAGAAUACAAUCAAACAAUCCACCAAAUAGAAGAUAACUCUGAUAAGCUGUAAAAUAUAUUAUAAAUUUUUGUUUUGUUAUUGAUUCGGUGAUCUUUUGUAUAAAUCUUUGUCAAUUAUGUUAAAGCUUGCUGUUAGACAUGCAAAUAAAGAUGAAAUUAUGAAACUUUGUGAA